CCUAGUCCCGAACCGAGGCGCACGCGGGACCCCGGACGGCCGGGGCUUUGUGGCCCAGGUGCCCGGCGGGUUGCGGCCAGCAUGGGACUCCGGGCACAAAGCCCCCAGGGCCGCGCCAGUCUUGGGGCGCGAGUCUGUGGUGCGGGGUCGACGGGGUAGCGGGCGCCGGCUCUUUGUGCCUUUUCAUUAGCAAUCUAAUCCGAGCGGCGUCGGGCGAGCUGUGCUGCCUGACAGGCGGGCGGACUCCCAUUAUGCAAACGGCUGUGCGCCUGCGGCUGCCCCUGGCUGGAACGUUUGACGAUUUCCAGAACUGCGCUUGUGUAUGGUCUGCUGUCCUUUCCCUCUGAGUCCCCUUCCUGGCUUGGAGACUGGCCGUGGCAGGGACACGGACGGGCUUGGAGGGCCCGGCUCCGUGGCUGGGUGGGCUUUCUGCCCUGCCCCCAGACCUUUGCUGUAGGCAGCCGCCUGGCAGGAAGAGAGAUGGGCUUGGGGGAGGGGGUCGGGUGGCAAGAGGAAGGGACUGGCCGUCUCAGGGAGUGAGCUGAGGGGCCCUAGCUUGUCAUUCUCUGUUUAUCUUCCAGAAUGGUUCGUAUGCACACAGGUCUGGGUGUGUGUGCUGGGAGAAAUGCCUCUCCCAGGGGGGCACUGACUUAACGUACUUGGAGGAUUGAGGCCAGAUAAUACUCCCAACAGCCCCACCCAGCACAGUUUUGGACUGCCUCGAGACGAGAGUCCAGUGCUGAUCUCGGCUGGCCGGAGAGAUUUAGAAGUUAUUUACUUACGUCUUCUGCCUCCCUCUUCACAGUGUCUUUUCUAGUUAUAAUUGUCAGGCGCAUUUGGAAAGCUGUGUUACAGGCCCCUCAACUCCCAAACAGCAGGAGGGGUGUAACACGGAGAGGCCACCCCCACUGACAUAUGUGGUAGUGGGGGAGGGGCGGUUCCUUGCCUAUAGGAAUCCUGUGGCUGUGGAUUGUUUCUGGGGCUUGUUAGCUAUGUCUUUUGCUCCUAGGGCAGGGAGAUCGGGCAGGUAGUGGAGGGGUUCACCUUCUAGGCUGAGCUUGGGAUUUCCCGUCUGGGACACAGGAUGGAGAGGUGGAGCCAAAUCCUAGAGGGAUGCCGAAUUUAUUAUUGCUUCUGAUUCUUCCUGGCCUUGCCUCUCCCCUGUUCUUAUCUGCCUGUAUCUGGAAUCCGUGGCUUUCAAACAGACAUUUUUAGGAUUGUAGGCUCUGUGACCACUUUGUAGUUCUGGUUCAAGGAGAAAAAGUGUGCUGGGUGGAGCAGAGCUUCUGGAGUGGUCUGAAAUAAAGCAGAUGGGCCAGCCUGGUCUCUAGAGACAAAUGUGUGGCAGCAGAGUCCUUCAGACUAGGGUUUUUGCAGGAAGUCAUGUUGCCUGCAGGUGAUCUUUCUGCCCUGUGCAGCUAAGGUUCUAAUGAAAACCUACAAGCUUUUUCCGGAAAAGCUGAGAAGAGUCUUUGCAUUUGCCUACCUGCUUGCAGUGAGUGGGGUCAGUGCUAUUUGCUCAGCUUUCUGCUUGGCUCCUGGCUUUCUACAGGGUAGGUGUAAGGUGUUGGAGAGUGCUUGUUGACCAGCUUCUGGAUGUUUGAAGCUGCUGUGUGCCCAGAAUCCCUUCCUGCUGUGUUUUCCUGCCAGUUGUUGGGACUUGUAUAUUAGUCACUGAGCUUUUAUGAGCAAUUCCUGAAAAGAAAAAUCUUCUCUGAUUGACGGCUUCACAUAGAGGAAAAAGCAGCUCGAGGGAGCCCUGCCUUGACUUAAAGGAGAGCCAAAGUGAUUUGCUGUAAUUGCUGGAAGGAGGAGAUGAGGUGCAGGCGGACAGAGGUGAUGUAUUCCAUUCUGCUACGGAGUGCCUGCUCUGAGGACAGGUAACCAGGCUUUGAUGCUCCCUCAGGAAGUCUGCGUACUCAAGGAGGCCACCCCCCGCCGGCUGCUGCUCACAUGGUUUCUGGGCCCCUGGCACUCCGGUGGUGCCCGUGGGCAGGGCGCAGGGACAUGGGGCCAGACAUGGAACUGCCCAGCCAUUCAAAACAGCUCCUGCUGCAGCUGAACCAGCAGAGGACCAAGGGCUUCCUGUGUGAUGUCAUCAUCAUGGUGGAGAAUUCUAUCUUCCGGGCCCAUAAGAACGUCCUGGCUGCUAGCAGCAUCUACUUCAAGUCCCUGGUCCUGCAUGAUAACCUCAUCAACCUAGAUACAGACAUGGUCAGUUCCACCGUGUUCCAGCAGAUACUGGACUUCAUCUACACGGGCAAGCUGCUGCCCAGUGACCAGCCAUCUGAGCCCAACUUCAGCACUCUCCUCACUGCCGCCAGCUACCUCCAGCUGCCUGAGUUGGCAGCCCUCUGCCGCCGCAAACUGAAGCGAGCUGGCAAGCCCUUUGGCCCUGGACGAGUAGGUGCUGCUGGCGUGGGGCGACCAACCCGUAGUCAGCGGCUGUCCACAGCCUCUGUCAUCCAGGCUCGGUAUCCAGGACUUGUAGAUGGGCGCAAAGGACACCCCGUUCCCCAAGAGCUCCCUCAGGCCAAAGGAUCAGAUGAUGAGCUUUUUCUGGGCAGCUCCACCCAGGAAAGCACACAUGGCCUGGGCCUGGGGGGCUGCCCAGCUGGUGGGGAGGUGGGCCUGGGGGGUUGUAGCAACAGCACCAACGGGAGCAGUGGGGGCUGUGAGCAGGAGCUGGGUCUGGACCUGUCCAAGAAGAGCCCUCCCCUGCCUCCUACAGCCCCUGGCCCCCACCUCACUCCUGAAGACCCAGCCCAGCUGAGCGACAGCCAGCGCGACUCACCUGCACCCACUUCAACCUCCGCCCUGCCUGUUGGCAACAGUGCCUCAUACGCUGAGCUGGGGCCCACUCCUGAGGAGCCCAUGGAUCUGGAAGGGGCCGAGGACAACCAUGUGAGUCUGCUGGAAGGGCAGGGCGGGCAGCCUCGCAAGAGCCUCCGGCAUUCAGCCCGCAAAAAGGAUUGGAACAAAAAGGAACCUGUGGCUGGGUCCCCCUUUGAUCGGAGAGAAACGGCGGCGACUAAGGGUCCCAACCCAGGGGAAGAAGGGGAGGGGCUUGGGGACAGGGUUCCCAAUGGCAUUCUGGCCAGCAGUGUUGGUGGGAGUGGCCCCAGUGGGUCAUAUGGGGAGCCGCCGUACCCCUGCAAGGAGGAGGAGGAGAACGGCAAGGAUGGGAGCGAGGACAGUGGGCAGAGUGGGAGCGAGGGGGGCAGUGGGCACGCUGGUGCCCAGUACGUGUACCGGCAGGAAGGCUAUGAGACGGUGUCCUACGGUGACAACCUCUACGUGUGCAUCCCUUGUGCCAAGGGCUUCCCCAGCUCUGAGCAGCUCAAUGCUCAUGUGGAGACACACACAGAGGAGGAGUUAUUCAUCAAGGAAGAGGGGGCUUAUGAGACCGGCAGUGGGGGUGCAGAGGAGGAGGCUGAGGACCUGUCAACACCUAGUGCCGCCUAUGCAGCCGAGCCUCGUCCUUUCAAGUGCUCAGUCUGUGAGAAGACCUACAAGGACCCGGCCACACUUCGGCAACACGAGAAGACACACUGGUUGACCCGGCCCUUCCCCUGCAACAUUUGUGGCAAGAUGUUCACACAGCGAGGCACUAUGACGCGCCACAUGCGGAGCCACCUGGGCCUGAAGCCCUUUGCCUGCGACGAGUGUGGCAUGCGCUUCACCCGCCAGUACCGCCUCACAGAGCACAUGCGUGUACACUCAGGUGAGAAGCCCUAUGAGUGCCAGCUCUGUGGGGGCAAGUUCACCCAGCAGCGCAACCUCAUCAGCCACCUGCGCAUGCACACUUCCCCUUCCUAGAAGCCAAAGACCCGAGGGAGCCCUCUGCAGACUUGCCACUUGGGAGCCCACGGAAGGAGGAUGAGGAAGUACGGAAGGAGGAUGAGGAAGUACGGUGGGAGGGCUGAGCCCCGAAGUCUGCACGAGGCUCCCGGCAGCUCCUCUGGCCCCGCCUCCCCAUACCCAGAGCUUUAAUCAACAGUGUACCAAGGGAAGCCAGGAGAAGAGCUGCCCGGGCCAGCCCUGCGCGUGUGGUGCUGGUGACUAUUCUACCUCCCGUCCCAGUUGGCUCCCAGCUCCCUGAAGGGGCUGCUGAAGAGCCGGUGGGAGUCCAUCAUGUGGGUGUCAGUGGGACUUGGUCCCUUACCUGCAGUCUGGGCUAGAGGAGGCACAGGGCUUCCCCUCCCUGGCCAAGAGUGGUGCCUGGAGCAGGCCCUCGGCUGUCAGGGCCUCGACUGUGUGUGUGCGCGCGCGUGUGUCUUUGCGGUGCAGUGUGACUCUACUGUUGGGAAGCUGGUGUUGGGUGGCAGUUCCUUUCUCUCUGAGCUCGCACUGGGACAGUCAGGGUGACCCCACUGCCUACCUCUCUACAACUAAAGAGCCCUCUGGGCCUGUGUUACUGUUAUUCCUACUGAGCUGUUCCUAUUUCUUUUUUACAGUUUAAAAAAAUUUUUUUAAAACCAAAAUGAACAAUAUUUUCCUCCUGCCUCUUUGGGGAUGAGCCUGGGUUUGCAGACUGAAUGUAACUGGGGCAGCUGCUCCUCCCUGUCAUUUCCCCUGGUCCUGGUGCUGUGGGCAUAGUUGAACUUGCCUCUCCAAGGCCCCAGAAGCCCUUCUUGCCCAAAGGCUUCCCUGAUCCCGAGCCCUGCCUGCCUGGGCUUCCUCAGGAGAACAUGCUUUUCCCAUAAUUUCCAAGGAAUGUCACUAGUUAGAGGUACUUACUUUUAUUGGGAACCCCCACACACACCAUACGUUUUUUGAGAUGUUGGAACUUAAAGAUCGGAAGUUUCAGAGGGGGAGGGGGAGGCUAGACUUGGUGCCAGGGCCAUUGGCACUCUUGUUCGUGUGUGUGUGUGUGUGUGUGUGUGUGUGUGUGUGUGUGUGUGUGAGAGAGAGAGAGAGAGAGAGAGAGAGAGAGAGAGAGAGAGUGUAUGUGUGUUGCUUAUGCACAGAUGCUUUGCUUCCUUGCUCACGGAACAAGGUGGAGAGCCUUCUGACCUUUUGCUACCUCUUGAAUUCAAUACCACAGUACAGUUGAGGCUAUAGUUGUUUCCUAUAGUGGGAGUAUGCUGGGUUGGGCUGGCCCGAGCCCUUUGUGGGCCUCAGUGUUCUCUGAAGGGAUGAUUGCUGCUCAGGGGAUGCUGUUUGUGGGGCAGGUGCUGGGCACCUGAGUAACAGAAGCCAUGAGGAGGGAGCAGCUCCCUGCAUGGGCCAGGGUGAGGUGGAAGUGAGCCCAUCCGGUCUCCUCCUGAGCUCUUGUGUGUCUAAGAACCUACUGAAGAGCCAGAGGUACAGGUUGGCCUCCACCUCCAUCCAGACUUAGCAAAUAUAGGGGUGGGUGUGUCAGCCAGCUUCAGAUGCUUCCAUGGGCUCCAGGAAGGGGCAAAGCCAGACCAAGAUUGUCUGUGCUCUGCCCCAGAUGAGCCACAGAUCUGGGCCCGUAGGCCUUAUCAUGUUGCUUGAUAGCUUUUCAUGUUCCUUUUGAUUUUUUACUAAAGACCAAAAAAUUCCAGAGUCAUCCCCUGCUCCCACCUCUCCAUAGACCCUCUAGCCUGAGUUCAGGGACCCUGUGAGUGGCAGGUGGGAGUGAGGGCACCUGGCCAGGCUCCCGUGGUGCCCUUGCUCUGAGCCAGUACUUUACCCUUUGCCUGUAAUCUCUUUUCAGUUCUUGCAAGUCAGACUGAGCAGCUGAGUGAAGACCCAUUCCACCCAGGGAAGAAGCAGGGCGUGCUAGCCUCUGCUCUCCACCCCACCCCACCCCACCUCACCCCACCCCACCCCACCCCACCCCACCAGCACUUAAGCCACAGGACACAAAGUCUGUACAGCGUGGGGACCCCGUGUGGCCUCCCAGGCUGUGGGCAGCCUCAUCUGUUGUGCAGAAAUUCAGGGACUGGGAGCAGAGCCCCUCAGCACGUCUUGUGCGACAGAGUAUUGUAGCCACCUUAGUAUUGUACCAAGCUUUUCUGUAUUUUAAUGAGAAAGCAAAACACUAGUUUCCUAUUUAAGAUUUUAAGGGUCGUUGGGCUGGGCGGGAUCGACACUUGGUUUGUUUUCUUUUUUCUUUGUUUUCAUUGGUGCAUGCUUACGACUGUCCGUGUGCGCGUCUGUGUGUGUGUGUGUGUGUGUGAUGUCAAGAGCCUCAAGGAAAUCAGGCCAUAGGAGGCCAAGGUGGCUGACAGUUCUCUUUUAGUCAUUUAAUUCCUGAAUGUUUUGGAGGAACAGGAAACAGAAAAUAGCAGAUGUCAUGUAGGAAAAAAAGAUAAAAAAAAAAUCAAAAGAAAAAAAAAAAGCUCAUACCCAAAUUCACAAAACCUAUUUUUUAAACCAAAGCACAUUUUGAAUGAGUAUGGAACCUCAGUGGGCUCAGAAAAAAAGAUACUAAUAUAUUUAUCUCAUUGUUUACAUAAACUUUUACAGUUUCAGACCUCAGCAGCUAUAAGGCCAGUCCCAGGGAACUCUCCCCUCCCUCCUGGGUCUUUCUAAGCUUCUAAGUCGACCCUUGAGCAGCUUAAGGGCAGAGGCAGCCCUGGGUGCUGGGUGAGAACUAGAAGCCCUCCCUUUAGCUUCACCUGAGCCCUAGUCCCCACUUUUGGGGCCUCUUCAAGCUCAGCUGCCACCAAAGAGCAUGCACCAAGCUGACCAGCCCCCAGGCCUCCUGGCUGGACCCAAGGGGUGGAUGUCAGCCCUGCCCGUGAGCCUUGUGUUACUGUGAGAGUCACUCAAGCCAAAAAGCAGGGAGCUUUAGGAAGCUCAGCCGACUCCAUCAUGUGCACACCCCACCCCGGGCAGCAGAAGGGUCUGGCUUGAGUCUGGUCCUCACCAACAGAUGGUGCGAACACUCUCAACAGUGUUGUUUUGUAUCAAUGUUUGUGCAGUGAUGAAUGUAUUUAUUUCUCAGACUUAGGGCAAGCUGGUGGAAGCAGGCCCGGCUCUGCCAGUGCCCACUCCCACUGGACCGAGCUACUGCAAGGGCUCUUCCAAGAUUGCAAAAAGGAAAAGAUGAACUUGUGAACACUUAAGAAUCUCAGACUUGCAGUAUAGCCAUACACCUCAGCCUGUGACCCCUGACCUCACAUGGCCCAGGAAGUGUGUUUCCGUCCAUCAGCACUGAGGGGACCCAGAUCCCCACAUGCUUCCCACACUGUCAGUAUUCACUGGACCUAAGGGUCCUUGUGCAGGAGUACGAUCUGCUGAGCUGUCAGCAGGCAGAGCCUUCCUGAGGAGGGGGAAUCCUGGGCAGCCAGGAGGGCAGGGCUCAGGGGGUAAGUGCUAGGAACAGAGGCAGAAGCCAAGCGGCUGGGCCUGAAAGAAUGGACAGGCCCCAAGCCUUGCUGUGCUUCACCAAAGGGACCAAGGUCUUCCUUUCCCCAGUCACUAUGGGGCCAAUGUUACUGAACCUAUGAAAUGGAUGCCAGGAAUGAGGGAUAGAGAGGGACCCGACCUCAGUCUGACAUUCCAACCCGGGAAGGGUGGAAGCUGUGGAAACGUGCUGCCCUGGACCCCCUUCCUAGGAUGCCUGCAGCUUCAGUCACCUUACUUUAACUUUCUACCAGGGACCCCUCCCCCUACCUCACCUUGCUAUUUAUUGCUGUAAUUUAUUGACCUCAAAAAUGCUGCAUAACAGACCUCACUUGGGUCAGGGAGAGUUCCCAGGGUCCUCCCCUCCAUUUGGUGGGGCCCCAUGGGGCCAGGUGCUUAAGGAACCUCCCUGUACCUAACCCAUCACUUGUUUCCUCCAGGGGCCCCAGUCUGGGCUCCAUCCAUCCCAUUUGCAAAUACCUCAGGAGGGAUGGGGUAUAUCUGUUUCGUUUAAUUGGAACUGGAAGAGGGAUCACAUCCUCUGUACCCUUCCCGGAGCAGGGGAGGGGUGCGGGGGUCGUACUCCUGUACUGGUCACCGCUGUUGCCACUCAUCACAUUGAGUUUACUUCCCUAGAGUCUGGAUGGAUGCAUUCAGGUCAGAGCUGCAGCUGUGCAGCCCUCCAAUGUCAGAGUGAUUUAUCCAUGACUGAUCUCUCCAUUCAAAAGUGUGCAGUCUUAAUGUACAGUGAUGAGAAACUGUUAUUUUAUGAUCUUUUCAUUAAAAGCUUGAUUGAAAACUG